CGAGACUAACACGUGAUUUGGCAGAGUCGACCAUUUUCGUGAGCGAGAAGGAAUGGUUGGAAGAAUCGGGUGACAGUUUUGGUCGCGAUUUUUACUCCAUGUAGGCAGAAAGGCACAAACCAGCCAUGUUCCCGUGCCGACCAGUCCCAUCGUACAUCACGGUGUUGUACCUCUAUGCAGUGCUGAACCUGUUCCUCCUGCUCCAUGUGUGCACUGUGGAUGCUGAUGUUAUCGUGACUGAUAGCAUUAACAACACAGUAAACUUCAUGGAUAUGCCAUCCAACUUUGGAGCCCAGCUACCUGACAUGGGAAUACAGGGUUACCUAGCAGCAGUAAACCCUCCCCACGCGUGCAGACAGGUUGGCCCUCCGCCUCCCAACAUCACAGAGUACACUCCCAUUGCCCUGAUCCGCAGGGGAAACUGUGACUUUGACUUGAAGGUGCUGAAUGCAGAAAAAAGUGGCUACAAGGCAGCUAUUGUGUAUAAUGAUGAAUCAGACGUCAUCCUACAGAUGAAUGGAAAUAAAUAUUACAUGGAGGUGACCAUCCCCUCUGUGUUUGUGGGCCUGUCAGAUGGGAUGGAACUACAGACAUACGACUGGAAAACAGGGUCGCAGGUGAAGCUGACCCCUGACUUCACCAUCCCCCUGCACUUCUACCUGCUGCCGUUUGCGAUCAUCGUUGGGAUCUGCUUUGUCCUCAUGCUCAUCUUCAUGGUUGCGAAGUUUGUCCGUGACAGAAGACGACAGCGCCGCUCCAGGCUGUCCAAGGAACACCUGAAGAAAAUCCCCACCAAGAAGUUCAAGAAAGGUGAUGAGUAUGAUGUCUGUGCCAUCUGUCUGGAUGACUAUGAGGAGGGGGACAAGCUCAGGAUAUUACCUUGUUCCCAUGCCUACCACACUAAGUGUAUUGACCCGUGGCUGACCGGCAGUAAGCGGACGUGCCCGGUGUGUAAGCGGCGCGUGAUUCCGGGGGACGACGACACGUCCGACUCGGAGACCAGCCAGUCGGACAUGGAUAGCGAUGACGAGAUGCCGGAGACCACUCCCCUCCUGGGCGCCACCGGGCCCGUGGACCGUACCAACUCUGCCAUGGGGACCACCGAUACUUCCAGGAUGCACCACUCGGAUGAUGACAGUACUGAGACCCAGGAGACCAAUGAAGAUGACUCCAGCUCGGAUGAGGAGGGAGAGGAGAAGGCUGAUCCACAGGGAGCCUGGGGCUACUCCGGAGAGGUGGAGAUCAGAGAGGGACCAGCCCAGGACACUAAGGUGGACAUGGGAGAGGAGGAGGAGGAAGAUAAAGAGGUGGAAGAGAAGACUGGACCAGAAAUUGUGUGAUUCUCCGACCAGAUGGUCAGGGCUCGAAAUACAUUUUUCAACAUACACCAUAUACCUGCACUGAUAUGAAGGUGGCAUUCAAAAUUACCAGCACCACUCAGAAUUUAGGAAGUAUGGAUCAUACUAAAAACUGUUCAGAAACCAUUGCUGUUAUUUUAUACUUCAUAGGUGGUGACAGUCAAUGCAGCAGAUGGAAAUCCACAUACACCUGCAUUUCACUGUAAAGCCUAUGAAGACUGGUGCAGGUAGAUAUUAGAAAUACCUGCACAGCUCCAAUUUUACCUGCACUAACCUGCAUAUACCCAGUACAUGGACCAGUGCAGGUUAGGUGCAGGUAGACAU